AAGAUGGAAGCAGCAGAAGGCAAGUCUGAACUCAUCGAGCUAGCUCAUUCUAUUGGGUAUACUGGGAAACACCAGAGAACACUAUUGUAUCACCCUACAAAGGCAGAUACUCUUAUUUAUAACAACGGGGGUCUUAUCGUUAUCGAGAACUUACAUGAAAAGCAUCAGCAAGAAUUUCUUAGAGGUCAUGAUAUGGAAAUUUCGGCCCUGGCAACAAGCUUCUCAGGAAAGUUAUUAGCAUCAGGACAAGUUGGAUCUAUUUUCCAGAAAACUCCUGAAGCUCCCGUAAUCUUGUGGGAUUUCGAAGAAAGACAGCCUUUAGCAGUUUUAAAAGGAAUUACAGUUGGUGUUAAGAGACUUGCAUUCUCUCCAGAUGAGAAAUUCUUGGCAUGAAUAGGAGAGAACAACACUUUCAUUAUCUGGGACACAAAUGAUGGAUCUGCUAUUCAUACUCAUGUAUUCGAACAUCCGAUCCUCAUCAUGGCUUGGGGAGAUAUUCAGACAGAUGUGAACCCUAAGCAUCCUUCAUAUAUCAUUGUAACUGCUUCUUCUUCAGCAGUGCAUAUCAAUACUCUUGAGUACGACAUUAGCUCAAUGCAGUACUUUUUGAAUGAGGGAAGUUGUCAGCUUCCAAAUACUGGACUGACUAGGAACUACACGUUCUCCACUAUCAACGGAGGAAUGCUGCUUGCAGGAACCAGUGGAGGUGAAAUCUGCCUGUUUUCUAUCUAUGACCAGAUUUAUAAGGCAACUAUGCCUCUUUCAAGUAAUGGUCUCCUCUCUAUUGUGCUUAUGGAUGAUAAGAUCUUCAUCGGAGGAGGUGAUGGUAAGGUCAAGAAGAUCUCGACUGAAGGAGGAAGAUGGAAUCUCACCCAUGAAGCUCAGAUCGAUGGAAGAGUUACCUCUCUAGGGCUCAGUAUCGACAAGAAGGAAGUAAUAGCUGGAACUGAUAAAAGCAAGAUCUACAGAAUGCUUACCAGUGAUCUAUCAUUCAUGAUCCACACAGAUGCUCAUUAUGGAGGCAUUAAUGAUAUCGCAUUUGGUAAUAAUGAUAAUGAAUUUGUGUGCAUUGAUGAGACAGGAAUUAUCAAGAUUUGGGACAACAGUGAAUACAAAACUAUUUUCACUGCCUCAGGAGGCAAAGGAAUUGAAGGAUGUGCUAGUUGAGUAGCAGAAGACGACACUCUAGUCACUGGAUGGGCUGAUGGCUUCAUCAGAUGAUUCGAUCCAAACACUCAAUCUGUUGUCUGGGAAAUAGCAGGAGCUCAUAAAGGCAAAGUCACAAGCGUCUACGCAGAUGGAAAUUAUAUCCUCUCAGGGGGAGAGGAAGGAGCAGUUAGAGUAUGGGGAAGAACUAAUAGGAAAUUGUUAAUUCAGUUCCACGAUCACAAAAAGGAUGUCGUAUCUCUAUUCCCAGACAUUAAGGAGCCAAAUAUUAUUCAUUCGUGCUCGAUGGAUAGAUCUAUUUGCACAUAUGAUUUAAAGACCGAAUCUAAAAUCAACGGGCAUUCAACGAAGAACGGUUCUCUGUUUGGAAUGACUCAGAGAAAAGAUAACGAGCUUGAGCUAGUGACAAGUGGACAGGGUGCUCCCAUUUAUUUCUGGGACUGUGAUGAAAUCAAUCCAAUUGCUGAAAUUGUGUACCCAUAUAAGGUCCUAACCUUGCAAAUCUCUCCUAGUGGAAAGUUCCUGGCUUUCGGAACUGAGACUAAUGAGCUCUAUAUUUAUUCCAUCACAGGAACUGAUAGUUUUGAGGUAAUUACCAAGGGAGUCGGGCACUCAGGGCCAAUUACAAAGCUAAAGUGGACCCCAGAUGAGAAGCAGAUAGUUACAGUUAGCACAGACUCUUCGAUAUGUAUCUGGAAUUUCUAUGCAGGAAAAUAAAUAAUCAAUUUUAAUGAA